AUGUCGGGUACACCACUAACAAGAAAAUCGAGUCGAGCAACAGUUGUUCUCCUUCAACAACAAGACGAUUUUAACAGUCAAUGUGAAAAAGUUCGUUUAAAAUUGAAUUCAAAUGGUGAUUUACGUCAUUUUAUAACUGGUUUGCAGAAAUGUAUCAAAGAUUUCAAUCAACCUUCAAAAUCGUCUACCUUUGAUAUUCAAUCAGCAACGAUUUUAUUAGUUGAUAUACUUUGUACAUCAUUAAUAAAAUUAGAACAGUGUGAAAAUGUUGAUUAUUGUCAAAUAGUUAUAGACUAUUUAUGUGAAGAUGUUUUUCUUAAUGAAAUAUCAGACAUUCAAUUUAAACAAGAUCUUUUACCAUUUAUAAAACAUACACUUGAUAAGCGCACACAACCUCAAUUAGUCUUGUGUAUACUAAACUUCAUUAUUUCAUUGAUAAAACAUCGUUCCUCAUUGAUUAUCUUAACAUUUUGUGAUUGGUUUGAAUCAUUGUUAACAUUUCUAACUGUGAUUACUAUUGAAGAACUCGAACAUCAUUAUUUGAAUGUAACAUCUGAUUUAUGUCAAGCAAUUAUAUCAAAAUUAAAUGAAUUAAAAGAAGUUGACCUAUUUGUACGAACACAUUUACAAUCAAUAAUAAAUACGUUAUUUUUAUCAAAAUUACGAACACUUAUGCAACAUCAGAAUGUCUCAAAUAUUAAAAUAAAUAUGUUUGCUAUUAAACUUUGGACAACGUUGGUUAUUCUGAUGGGAAAACAAAUGUUAAGAGGAACACCAAAAGCAAAUGAAAUAUUAGGACUAUUACAGGAAGCAUUCAUUUCACCAAACUAUGAUUUACGUUCAUGUGCAUUUCAAGCCUGGAGCGAAUUUGUUCAUAAUUUAUUUUAUACGAUAAAAUCGUACCAGUUUAAUGUUAAACAUAUGAAAUUAUUCUUGGCUCCAUUUCUGUUAGAUAAUACAUGGAAAAACGAGCAAACAUCAUAUCAAAAAUGUUUAUCAUGGUACGAGCUGAUAAAAUCACAUCGUCUAAUUUAUUCAACAAUGUUUCAAGAUGUUAUUAAACCAUUUCUUACAUUUUGUUAUGGUUAUCCAUCGAAAUAUUGGAAAAAUCGCUCAUCGAAUCCAAAUGAAACGGCAACAACAAGUAACGGUGAUGCUGGUGUUGAAGAUGAAUCGAGUUCAUCUUUAGUUCGUCAUAAAUUCAUAUCUUGUGUUGAAAUUGGUUAUGAGUUACUUGUAUGUACAUUAAGUUCUUCUUCACAAGAUCAUCGUCCAGUUAAUAACGAUAUGUAUCUGACCUACUCUGAGCGUGAUGAUUUUAUUCGUGAAUGUUGUGAUCAUAUUCUUCAUUAUUUAUUCGAUACAAUUUCUGAUUUAUCACCUAAACUUGAUGAACAACAAUUUUUAACGAAUUGGAAUUCGUAUUUUCAAGUUUUGACAAAAUUUCUUGUAUCCUCGACCACAAAGUCAACAAUAACACCUAUUAGUGAUCAAAAGAAACAGUUUAUCUAUCAUUUAUUGAUUGAAAAAUUUGAAGCAAUUUGGCUAAAUCCAUCGUACACAACAGAUUUUAUUUUAAAAUUAUUUUUUCAAGCUUUCGAAUCUAAUCAAUUUCCAUUAUGUUCACAACCAAUUAUUGGAAAUACACGAACGAAAACUUAUAGUCUCACACAAAAUCAUAGUACAUUUAGUAAAACUAAAACCAAAAAAGAACAGCAACAAAAUACCGAGCAAAAUUCAUCAAAAAGAAGUUCAACUGUUAUAUGUGAAAUUCCAAUUUUUCCACAUGGUAGUAUUCAUAGUGCUCAAUUGCCGCUUACGUCCACUGAUGAUCUUGAUACUGAUGAAGUUUCAAAAACAACAUUAUGUGAUCAAUUUCUUCAUAUGUUUAUUGAACAUUCCGUUCGAUUUGUUUCAAUUGAUUCUCACUCUACUAAUGAACGCUUGUUACAUUUGAUUACUCAUCUAAUCGAUACAUUGUCAAAAACAUCAGAAUAUAAUUUUUGUUUACAAACAUCAUUACUCCUAUCAAAAUGUAUUGACGAACUUCGCCAACAACAUUUACAAUCAACGUUAGCAUGGCAUAUAUGGUCAAAAUGUUCACAACAAAUUAUUCAUAUUCUUAAUCGUACAUCACAACGAUUUUUGAGUAAAAAAAAUGAUCGAUUAUGUCCAUAUACAACAUCGAUUGAGUUAUUAUUAAAAUCAUUUCAAUUGGGAGAUUCAGAUCGAUUAGAUCAAUCCUAUAUACUCAUAUGGCAACAACUAUUUAAAGCUCUAUGUCGAACAACAUUAUUAGAUUCAGCUCAUGGUCAAUCAUUUACACAAAUAUUAGAUGAUCUGUUCAGAGAAACACCAACAAUUGAAUGUUCACUUGAUAAUGAAAGACAAAUGGGAUUUUUAAUUAUUGCAUUAAAAACGCUAUGUCAUUCCUUGCAAGAUACAUCACAUGAAACAAGAGUUGAUAACGGACAAAAAGUUCCACCAUCUUCGUCAACAAUCAACACUACCAGUACAAGUCAAUUUAGUUUAUUUUCAUCAUCUCAACAAAAACGUUUAUCAAUAUUGAAUAAUUUAUCGUGUAUGUCCUCAUUAAUCAAUCAUCUAUUAGAAAAGAUCAAUGUAAUAUCACAAGAUGAUAAAUGGAGUUCUAUAUGUUCAUGUUUAUUAAAAUCAAAAACACCAUCAACAACAGCUCAACAAUAUAAAAUAAUUGUUUAUGUCACUAUUAAAGAAUUGAUUCUUGAUUUACUUUCUCUAUGCAAAAGUCAAUCACAUCUUGAACAUAUACUUGAACAAGAACAAUUUCUUCAUGUUCUACUUAAAUUUUUACUCUCAUAUGAAAACUUAAUUUUAUUAAAUCAAAAUUCUAAUAAACACAUGGGCACAUUUGAAUCAUUUAUCAUCAAAAUAUUAUCUCAAAUACAAAUUAGCUACGAUUCAUCAAAAGCAAAUGUACUAUUGAAUUUAAUUUAUCCAUUGUUAGUUCUUUGUUUUCAACAUCCAAAAACAUCAUUAAAAACAAAAAUAAAAAAGUUUUGGAAUGAUACAUUUGGAAAAGUAUCAAAUAUUACAUAUCCAGCGCCAUUGAGAAAUUGUCUUCGAGAUUUAAAAGAGAAAGAUCAGUUAUUAUUACCAUGUUUUUUAUCUGAAUCUGAAAAUAGUGGUCAAAUGACUAAUGAUUUAAGUUUGAAUUGUAUCGUACUCGACAGUGAUAGUCAAGUUGAAUCUCAACAAAUUGAUAUUCCUCAAAUUUUAACAACACAACAGCCAUCAACUUCCGUAGCUGCAGUGACCGUAUCUGAUAAUGGAGACGAAAUAACUGAUAAAUCUGAACAAAUUUUAUCCAGUAGCAAAAAUCUUCCUCCAUCCAUUUCUUCACCUCAUCUUUUCGCUUUACCAGAAAAAUCAGCAUCUUCAUCCAGUGAUAUUUAUAUCCCUAUUGAUUCGUCUAUAUCAAAUAAACGUCGUCAUGUGGCUUUAACUGAACAUCAAAAAGAAAUGUUAAGAACUAAAGAACCAUUGCCAAUAUUAUAUGAAGAUAAUACGCAGAGUUCACAAUCAGAUAUCGUUAAUGUACCUGAUACACCAACGAUAGAAAAUAUGCUAUCGCGCUAUUCUCUACGGGGUAAUUCAAAAAUGAAUCGGUUUCCAACAAAACCGAAAGCAAAUAAUAGUUUAUUAUCAUCUCCAUCAGCUUUAUUUUCAUCAGAACCAAGUGUAUCUAAUGCCAGUUCAAAUAGUGAAAAAGUAUCAAAUGUUACUCCUAAUCAAUCACACCCAUCUAGUCAAGAACAACAAUCAAUAACAAUAGAAAAGUACACUCAAGAAAAAGAAAAUAGUCCAGUCGAAAAACAACUAUCAACUUCUAUAAUCGAGACAAACCAACUUUCCAAGCAAGCUGAAGUAAUUUCUCACGAAUCAUCAGUAACAAAAGACGUUGAAGAAGAUCCUGAUGUUACACAAAUGGAAGAUGGUUUUGCAAGUACACCUGUGACCUUGGCGGUUAAUAAUCAAGAACAACAAUAUGAAAAAACUUCAGAUUCCGAACAAGUUGCACAGAAAGAAAACAAAAAUUCUCGUCGUUCAAAACGUUCAACAAUUGUCAAAGAUACAUUAUCAACAUCAACAGAUGGAAAAAAGAAAAACCGUCGUAGUAGUACAAAAUUAAAUAAAUUAAUUUCAUCUUGCGAUGUAUCCGAUAUUGUCGUUAUUAGUAAUUCACAAUUAUUUGAUGAACAAGAACAAAAUCAGUUUUCAACAUCUUUUUUUAGUGGUUGUACUGCAGCAAAUGAAAUUCUUGUCGAAGAUUCAGCAGCAGCUCCGCUUACUCCCACACCAGCACACAAGUCUUCUGGUAUAUUAAAACGCUUGCAGUCUAAUUUGACGUCGUCUGCUCGAUCUGGUAAACGUGUGAAGUUUAAUGAUGAUAUUAAAGUACUAGUGUAUACAUCACCUUCACGCAAACAACAAUCACUACAAAGAAAAACUUCUAACCUGUCCACAAACGAACAACGAAAAAAUUUACCAUUAAAUCAAAAAUCAAAUGUUGUUAGACGUUUAAGUGCAGUACCAGUCUCAUCUACAGAACAACAACAACACCAGCAAAAUUUAAGUUCUUCAUUAGAUGAACGUAGAAACACGUCUCGUGGUCGUUCAUCAAAAUUAUUUCAUCCAAAUCAUGCUUUACUGGAUUGGUUACCAUCUUCCAGCUCACCUGUGCUAGAAAACCAAGAUAAAGUGUCAGAAAUAACAAUUGAUUUACUAAAAGAAUCGCCCAAAACAUUUUCAUCAGAUGUACCUGUCGGUACUAAAAUACAAGCACAAGUUGAAGAAAUUCCUAUUGAUUCAUUUGAGGGUUAUUUGAACAAUAGUUCAGAUACAUUUAAUGAAACUCCUGUCUCUCAAUUAGAUGCAGUUGAUCCAAUAUUUCCACUGUUAAUUGAUUGUAAUGAACCAGUUGAUAGUGUUGUCAAUUCGAUAUUUGGCGGAUUAUGGUCAAGUGGUGCAUUAAACUACUUUUACAGUCGAAAUAUUCGAACAAUUGGAGAUUUAUCUCGUUUAACAGCAGCACAAAUUGAUCUUUAUCGUAUUCCACCGCCUAAAAUACAAACAGUUCGAAAACAAUUACAAUUAUUUUAUGAUCGUCUAAAUAAUACAAGAGUUAUUUCAAGCAACGAAAAUGAGAAUGAGCAAACAAAUGGUUCUACUGAAGAACCAACAUUCGAAUGUUCAACGAAAUCAACCACGGGUUUGCUCGAUCAAACAUUUGAAAAAGAUGAGGCAACAUCAGAGUUGAUAAAUACCGAUCCGAUUUAUGAUGUGGACACAUUAAUUGACACUCAAGAAUAUGAAAAUUUAUAUUUACAACAACCUCAACAAGAACAAGAAGAACCAGUGAUGCAAUCAAAUAAUUUACAAUCAGUAACAGAUGAAGAAAAUACCACUUUAUCUGAUAAAAUAAUUGAACCUGUUAUAUCUAACGAAACUGUUAGAGAGAAUCGAACACGAAAAGAAAGAAAUCCGACACUAACGUCAAGCGAGGAGACUUCAAUAAUCACAGAUUCGGCUAUGGUUCCUGAUGACCAACUAAUGCCACCAUCAUCAUCAUCACCUCUCAAACGUUCAUUACCACGCGAUGAUGGAGAAGAAGAUGAAGAACAACAACAACAACAGUCAAAGAAAUCAUUAAUCGAAAUAGAACAAAAUGCAUCAACUACGCACGAGCUUUAUCUACAGAUAAAACAGUCGCAUGAACAGGGUAAAUUAAUAUUUGAUGAUGAUUAUAUUGAAAUGAUGCGUUUAUUACUGAAUAAUUGUUCCCAUUUACAAAAAUUAAGACUUAAAAGAUUAUUUUUUGAAGAAGACGAUUAA